AUGACGUGGGUACAGCAGCGCGGAGAGCGCAACUUUUCGACAGUCGACCGGCUCUGGGCGCUGAUGCCAACCAUCUACGGGAUUCUGUGGACUCACGAGCACUACCUUUCGGACGGCUACCUGCAGGUUUCCAGCAAGGCGGUAUUUGUGCAGACUGUAGUUUUCGUGUGGACUGUGCAUCAUACACGCAACUUCUGGCGGCGCGGUGGGUUCUCGGUGGGCUUUGAGGACCACCGGUGGGCGCAUGUGCGCGGACAGCUCCACAAAACCCUGGGCUGUCUGUAUGCAGUUGGAUGGGAGGUAUUCAACUUUGUGUUUAUUGCUCUGUGUCAGCACGCGCUCUUGUAUGGAAUUGCGUUGCCACUUCGGCUCCUGCAGGACAGCGAAGUGGAGAAAGAGUGGUCGAUGGCGGAGUAUGGGCUGGCGGGAGUUAUGUGCUUGGCACUGGUGGUGGAGAUUGCUGCAGACGGGCAGCAGUAUGCCUUCCAGCAGAGGAAGCUCAGUGGUGCGAACAGCGCAGAGGUGCGGGCCGGGUUUGUGCACUCAGGACUGUACAAGUAUGCGCGGCACCCGAAUGUGUUCUGCGAGCAGAUACUGUGGGUAGCACUGGCAGCAUUUGCGCUGGCAGCGACUGGGGCACCCGUGAGUGGAUUGUACUGCGGCGGGGCGUGUGGGCUGAUAGGGCUGACACUGAUGUCGGUACGCUUGACAGAGGCAAUCAGCGCCAGCAAGUACCCGUUGUACCGAGCGUACCAGCUGAAGACCAGCAGCCUGGUGCCAUGCAUGCCCAGAUCCAACGAGAGUGUGAUCCAAAGCGCAGCCAGGCGACAGUAA